AUCAAAACAAGUAGAAAAUUCAUUAAUUACAGUUGAUUUUACAACAUUCAUUUGUUCUCCCUUUUAUUAAUCUUGUUAUAUUUCAUUACAUGAUCGAUGGUUCAGCUAACCCUGCUGGCAGCUGGCCAUUUGGAUCAUAUUUAAGCAUGGUUGGCUUUAGAUCUCUCAAGCUCCUAUAUCCACUAACUGUCAUGUUGAUAUCUAGAUCUGCUAAUAGUGAUCUGACUACGUGUCUGCAACCAGCUUCUCCAGCAGACAAGCCCCAAACCCACAUUCUGCCAAUCAUGACAGCAUGUGCACCCAAUGCAAUCGCCUUCAUGAUGUCGCUACCUGUUCUGAUACCUGAAUCGAAAAGAAUUGUGCAUUUAUCACCGACAGCCUUGGCUAUGUCUGGGAGGACUUCUAGACUAGAAACUGCACCUUCAACUUGUCUACCAGCAUGAUUCGUUACGACGAUACCGUCACAACCGAUUGACAACGCCUAUGAUGAAAUUAAGUCAAAAUUUUCACAUAAGAACAUCCAAACUAACAGUUUCAGCAUCUUCUACCGAUUGAAUACCUUUCAAAACAAAUGGUCUUCCACCAGACAAUUCGUGCCAGAAUUUGCAUAUAUCUUUAACCUUUUCCCACGUUAAUGGUUUACCGUGCCAAACUGAAUGAUCAAUCCAGCGUGAUGAGUCUUUCUUAAGAUCAUCGCCGUACUUCUUCAUAAAUACAGGAUCGCUGAGACCCAUUUCAUUACCCAAGUCACCAUAAUAAAAGGCGUAGUUAGCUAUAUCUGUGUCGGUCAUUCUCAAUCCCAACUGAGGCGUGUCUGUAGUGAUCAUCACCGAAUCAAAUCCUGACGCCCAAGCACGGCGGAGGAGGGACUCAGUAACAUCACUAUCUUGACUUGCGUACAAUUGGAAGAAACGUGGACCAGAUGUCUCAAGUUCUCGUUUGCUACCGCUAUAUGAAUUAACAGAGUUUGAUUCAUUCUUUUUAGAGGCAGAUUUCUCAUGUGCCUCUGCAACUUCCUCAAUUGAGUAGCUCGCAGCUGUUGACAAGCAAUAUGGAAGACCGAGUUCACCCGCAACUGUAGCAGCCGCGAGCUCACCUUUAGGGUGAUAAAUCUUAUUUAUACCAAUAGGAGCGAACAUAAUAGGCGCAGGAAUCUUGUGACCAAAAAUUUCAGUUGUAAGAUCUCUGGUGUUUGUGUCUUGGAGCGUUUUAGGGAUAAUUUUAUGUUUGUAGAAAGCUUCCCUGUUAGCAUGAUGUGUCCAACCUAGUCCAGCGUCUAUAAAAAUUAGUUGUGUUAUCGCUCAGACGAUGAUAUCACUCACUAGAAGAGCUAUACCAGUAACCCUUGUCAGUUAAGUUCUUUCUCGCAUCGUGUUGCAAUCUAAUCAACGUAAGAAGUCUAUCGCGACAACUUUAUUGACUUACUUCUCGGGGUGUGAACUAAUUGACGGCAAUUUGCCUUCAGGGCCAUUGGCGAACAAUUCACGUUGGUAAAGUGAAUAAUGUGGUGAAGGUCCUUGUGGCUUGUUGUAUGGAUCCAUGAUAGUGAUAUUAAACGGAAGUAGCCACACCAAUUAAUAGUAAACGGAAAAAUUUAUAUGCGGGUGACUUCUUUCCGACGGCGAUCCGUUAUGUGUGCUCCGAUAGUUAUAUAUAGUUAAGUGUAUAGAGAUCGUACUAUGAUAUUUCCCUUUCCUGCUAUUGCCUUUUUGUAGUUCUUCUAAUCAACGGUGAUGAUAUGCAAGGCAAUUUAAUAGGAGUAACUUUGGCACUAUUGGGAAACAUCGUCAUAGCGUUAGGGCUGAACUUUCAGAAAUUAUCGCAUUUGCAGAUAACGUCUUCUGAAAUUGAAUCUGGUACUACAUUUGUUAAUAGAACUGGAGAUGAUGAAGUCCUGCCUGCUGAAGAUGAUGAUAGAGCGACAAUUAAACCUACAUCUGACAAUUCUCUAAAACUAUUACUGUUAAACUUGAGGGAUUCAGUCGUAAAAGCUAUUAAGAAUGACGCGAAGUAUCUCAAAAGUGGUACAUUUUGGAUUGGAUUAGGGCUUACCACUUUGGGAGAGUCUAGUAACUUUAUAGCAUAUGGAUUAUCGCCUGCGCCGCUUGUUGCACCACUUGGUAGUGUUGCACUUGUAGCCAACUGUCUUUUCUCUCCAUUACUUUUAAAAGAACACUUUGGACUGCAAGAAAUACUAGGAUCAAGUUUGUGCAUCAUCGGCGCGUUUGUUUUGAUUGCGUCAAAUAAAAAUAGAGACGGACAAAUUGACUAUGAGGAACUACUAGAGGGGAUCACCCAUCCAACUUUCCAAAUUUACGUAGUAUCUUUGCUCAUCGCGAUCAUAGGUCUUAUUAGUUUAUCAAACAAGCCAAUAGGACAAAAGAGUGUGACUAUUGAUGUAUCCAUUUGCGCGCUCUUUGGUGGUCUCACUGUUAUAUCUACUAAAGCUCUGAGUAGCUUACUAGUGCAUAACUUUGCAGAUGCGUUCCGCCAUAAAGUCGCAUACCUGGCUUUAUCGGUUCUCCUAAUCACAGCAGCAGCUCAGGUACAUUUCCUUAAUAAGGCAUUAAACAAAUUUGAUUCAAAGAUCGUCAUACCAAUACAAUAUAUCUUUUUCACUAUAUCCGUUAUACUGGGCUCAUCCAUGCUUUUCAAAGAUAUUCAAACAUUCCCUUACUUGAUUUUGUUAUCUGGCUUAACAGUAUCUUUCUGUGGUGUAUACUUCCUUAGUUGCGCCCCUCAAAGUGACCACUUUUCGAACUUAUCCGCUGGUAUUGAGGAUGGUCCGCAAAGAAAUCAAUCAACAGAUACGACACUAACACCCCUUCUCGGUAGUGCACCUGAACGCAUUCGGACAAGUCGGUCAAACUCAUCAUUCACGAAAGUUGGUAUAGGCUUAUCGCCUGCAAGGUAUCUACUUGCUAGUCAUUCGCCAAAUAGCACAUUUAGAGACGAUAAUGCUCCCAUAAUUUCCAACAAUAACUCUCAAACGUACAACGGUGUGAACUACGGUACUACACCGCGUACAACUGACCUCAUGAAUGCUUACGAUUUGAGUCAAACUCCUACACCAUAUUCUAGUGGUUUAGCGGACCAUUUCUCAAAUUCACAAACAAGUAGAUUAUCACCAAGAUCCAAAGCAUCGAACUUAUUCGGUGAUCCAGAAGAUAGUGAGAUUACGCCCCGUCAACAGCAUAUUCCAACAUUUAGCACAACAUCUACCACUUAAUACUUUUUAAUAUAUAGCAUCAUUAGUCUAUAGAUAAUUAUCGU